AUCCAUUUUUAAUUCCAACCUCUUCCAAAGUUCUAAGUAGCUAGUAAAACACCUAUUGUGAUUCUACAAUAAAACAAUUAAUUACUAUAAUAUUAUAAAACAAUAGCCCAAUACCAUGUAGUACUUUAGAACGCGACUGUACCCACACUCCCUCCACUGUCGACCUGUACUAGCUCGGUGCGAAACAAUGCCUAACCUGGCCGGCUGGUGUUGCCUCACGCUGUGACGCAGUAGGAUUCAGUUUUGGCGGGGUUCGUUAUUAAUUUUAGUUUUUGAGACAGUUCCGUGUUGAUUUUGUACACGCGUGCGCGAGCGACAGUUCAAUCGUUUUGUUUAUUAAAUUCUUAUUGUUAUUACUUGUGAUUACGUGUUGGUAUUAUUCUUGUUGUUACGUUUUUUUGUUUCUUUUUUGUUUUAAUAAUACCUAACGCGUACGUUUAUAGUGCUCGUGAAUACGGCAACAUGUUAGGUAUCUGAACCUAGGUACACGAAGUAUCGCUAAAUUGUUAAGACGUCAGGAUGGAACAAGUCUGUGCAGUGCACAAAGUGUUGAAGCGUAACCGAAUGCGCCCAUACAAAUUGCACAAAGUGCAAGCUUUAGUUCGAGAGAGACGAGUUUUCUGCCGUUGGUUAUUAGACCAGCAACAACGUGUGCCUAGUUCCAUUGAGCACAUUAUCUGGACGGAUGAGUCGACAUUUACCAGAAACGGCCUGUGGAACCGAAGAAAUACACACGUGUAUUCAGAGGUUAACCCGCACGCUGUUCGACAAACCGGGCACCAAACCCGAUGGUCGGUUAACGUAUGGGCAGGUUUAUUUAAGUAUCGCAUACUAGGACCAGUGUUUCUGCCACAGCGACUUAACGGACAGCGAUACCUAAACUUUAUAAAUGAACAGUUGGUUGACAUUUUAGACGACCUAUCGUUGGCUGAAUAUCGCCGCACAUGGUUUCAGCAUGAUGGUGCACCUCCACAUGUCGUGAGGUUCGUCCGUGAGCGCCUCACCGAAUUAUUUGAUGAUCGCUGGAUUUGGCGGACUAGGGCCACACGCUUGGCCACCUCGCUCACCAGAUCUGACCCCGUUAGACUUCUUUCUGUGGGGUAUGUGAAAGAAAGGGUUUUUAAUCGUGAGUGUGAUAGUGCUGAUGAAAUGCGCCAAAGGAUUGUGGAUGUUUUCGACAAACUACGUACGGACUGUGUCGAAGACCACACGAUGAUGCCCCGCCUGUAUGAGGAGACGCAACACCGAGCCCAAAUCUGCCUUGAAAUGAAUGGAGCACAAUUUGAGCCGCAUCUCAUAAGAGCACAGAGGAUUUAAAGCGGUAAGCUGUUUCAUAACUAUUUUUUUUAAAUAACUUAGUACUGAACUAAUCUGAAUAGGUACAUAACUGAAUACAUGAGAAUAAACAUACCUACACGAUGAAUAAAAAUGCAUGACUCUAACCUUGGUUACAUUUCAUUUAAGUAUUUUUUCAUUAGCGAGGAAUCGAACCAGUUAUUUGGGUUAUUUAACCUGUAAAUUAGGAUUAAAGUGGCUACGUGGAAACAAGCACAGUGGCAAAAUAGUAGGUUAAGUAGAUAAGUUAGGUUACGUUUGCGCUUACAUUGACCCCUAGUCAGCUGAUUGUAAUUCAGUAAUUUCACUGCUGGUUUUGUUUAAGUAUUUUCAUGAUUUUUUAUAAAUUAUCGUUUUAUUUAGCUGUACUAAAACGAUAGAGAAUUAAUAAAGCUAAUAAAACGUUGUGAAAAGAUGUUUUUUUUUCAUCAGGAUCGAUUUUAUAUUUCACCCAUCAUCAAAGGUAUAGUUGGUACUGUCGUCUGUCUUCGUUUUCAGGGCGUUCCAAAAAUACCCUGUAUAUUACGUGUUUUCUGUUUGUAAAAUUGAUAGUUGGAGCAAUAACUAAAUAUGUUCUUUCUUUCUUCUUUAAACUAUAAUAUGUCGUGUCCGCAGGCCGGGCGGCCGUACUGCUCGUCGUGUUACGCGGACAAGUUCGCGGCGCGGUGUGCGGGUUGCGGCCAACCCAUCGUGGACAAGGCCAUCAUCGCGCUUGACGCCAAGUGGCACGCCAAGUGCUUCACUUGCAAUAAAUGCAGAAACCCGGUAACAGACUCCACGUUCUCGGUAAUGGACAACAAGCCUCUCUGCACCAGAUGCGCGUAGACGCACCUGACAAACCGACAUAUAAUCACCCAUCGAUAUAUUUACCGAUGUCUAUUUAUUAUAAAAUAAGUGCACUAAAAGUACAUACAGCACGCACGAUGACAAUGUUAAGCUUUACAUUUAAAUAUGUUGUUUAUGGGAUUCUUUUAAGGUCCCAAUUUGUCUGAAUCCCUUGACGUCUCUCAACAAAUAAAAACAUAUUUUGGAUAUAUUUUACGUCUAUCAUAGAGAAAUGGGGAUUUCGCUAACAUAGUAUAUAUUUUUAUACACAACAAGUGGUCGCUUUAAAGACAUUUUUUUUUUUUGUAAAUAAAGUUUUUAAUAAUUUAUGCGAAGUGACCGCGACGCCGUGUACGUGUUUCGGUCGCAAGGAUUGCUAUAUUAAAUAUUAUAUUGCUAGAUUCUACAUUUUUUACGCUUCACGAAAACUUGCGUUUUCAAUAAAGCACUUUUGUUUUU